AUGUCCUACUCCUCCAUCCCGUCCAUGGCGAGCUCCAAGCGCGGGUCGAGCGUCCAUGGCGGCGCGGGCGGCAGAAACAUCCGGGUGUCUUACGCCUCCGACGGCAUCGGCGCCGGGUUUAACCUGAUGUCUGCGUUCGGGGGAGGAGGUGGCGGAGGAAACAUGAUCUCGGGCAGCGAGAAGGGCACCAUGCAGAACCUGAACGACCGGCUGGCCACCUACCUGGAGAAGGUGCGCAUCCUGGAGACCACCAACGCGCAGCUGGAGCUCCAGAUCCGCCAGUGGUACGAGAAGCAGGCCCCCGCUGUGAAGGACUACAGCAGGUACCAGCCUAUCCUGGACGACCUGCGCAACAAGAUAAAUGUUGCCACACAGGACAAUGCCAGGCUGAUGCUGCAGAUUGACAAUGCCAGACUGGCAGCAGAGGACUUCAGGAUCAAGUUUGAGAAUGAGAUGGCCAUGCGCAUGUCUGUGGAGCAGGACAUCUCCGGACUGCGCAAGGUUCUGGAUGACCUGACCAUGGCCCGUUCUGACCUGGAGAUGCAGAUCGAAGGCUUGAAGGAGGAGCUGGUCUACCUGAAGAAGAACCAUGCAGAGGAGCUUGCAGCCAUGCGCAAUCAAAUGAAUACCAGCUCUGUGAACGUGGAGGUGGAUGCCAAGCCCCAGGCAGACCUGAACGGUGUCCUGGACGAGAUCAGGGCUCAGUAUGAGGGCAUCACCGAUAAGAACCGCCGGGAAAUGGAUGCCUGGUACAAGGUCAAGUUUGAUGAGCUGAACAAGCAAGUGUCAACCAGCACAGAGAUCCUCCAGAGCUCCCGCAGCGAGAUCAACGAGCUCAAGCGGACCCUGCAGUCUCUGCAGAUUGAGCUGCAGUCCCAGCUCAGCCUGAAAUCCGCCUUGGAGACUACACUGUCUGAGACUGAGUCCAGCUACAGCAUGCAGCUGAGCCAGCUCCAGGAUCGGGUCUACCACCUAGAGAGUGAGCUCAGCAAGAUGAGGUCGGACAUCGAGAGGCAGUCCGCCGAUUACCAGCAGCUUCUUGACAUCAAGACCAGGCUGGAGAUGGAGAUCGCAGAGUACCGAAGGCUGCUGGAUGGAGAGGAUACAGGGUAA